CCCUGUGAGUACAGCCACUCGGAACCACACUGGGCUGAAUCUAUGGAUUAUACGUUUUCACACCUUUUCAGAUUUUGAAUCGAGGCUUGGACCAGACAGGAGGAAUUCCACGGAUUAGAUCGCUAAAAAUGACAUCUAAAAGUGCAAAGAGCUCCACCGCUUCCGCCAAGUCAAGAGGAAAGGGGUCGCAGCCUCGGGAUGACUCCGAGGACGAGUUGGAUGUUCCCUCUGCAGAAACAAACCCCAAAGACCAGGAGGAGGAAUCACCACCGUCAACUGAUCCUACUCAUGGGGAAGCUGCCGAGGCGGUUGAUAACCGAAGUUUGGAGGAGAUCCUCGGUAGCAUCCCCCCACCCCCGCCCCCAUCGAUGACCAAUGAACCGGGCGCGCCCCGCCUGAUGAUAACACACUUGGUCAAUCGCAACUUUAAGUCUUACGCUGGGGAGCAGAUUUUGGGGCCUUUUCACAAGCGCUUCUCAUGCAUCAUUGGUCCAAAUGGAAGCGGCAAGUCAAAUGUGAUAGAUUCCAUGCUGUUUGUGUUUGGAUACCGAGCUCAAAAGAUCAGAUCCAAAAAGCUCUCAGUGCUGAUCCACAGUUCUGACGAACACAAAGACGUACAGAGCUGCACCGUGGAGGUGCACUUUCAAAAGAUUAUUGAUAAGGAAGGAGAUGACUACGAAGUUAUCCCCAACAGCAAGUUCUAUGUUUCCAGGACGGCCAACAAAGACAACUCCUCGGCCUAUUAUGUCAAUGGCAAGAAGGCUACUUUCAAAGAAGUUGGAGUUUUACUUCGGAGCCAUGGAAUUGACCUGGAUCACAACAGAUUCCUCAUCUUGCAGGGCGAGGUGGAGCAGAUUGCUAUGAUGAAGCCUAAAGGCCAGACGGAGCAUGACGAGGGCAUGCUGGAGUACCUGGAGGACAUCAUUGGCUCCUGCCGUCUCAAGGAGCCGAUCCAAACACUGUCCCGCAGGAUGGAGCUGCUCAAUGAGCAGAGGGGGGAGAAGCUCAACAGAGUGAAGCUCGUGGAGAAGGAGAAAAACGCUCUGGAGGUGGAGAAAAACAAAGCUGUGGAGUUUCUCACCCUGGAGAACGACUUCUUCAAGUACAAGAGUCGCCUCAACCAGUACUACGCUUACGAUCUGCAGAAGCGUGUUGUGGAGAGAGAACAAGAAAAGCAGAAGAUCAAGGAAGACACCAAGGAACUCUCUGAAAAGAACGCCAAAAUCGCUGAAGAAAUGGCAAAAAAGAACCAAGAGCUGAAAAACGUGGAGAAGAAUCAAAACAAGCUCAACAGGUACAUCGAAGCUCAAAAGGAGAAGUUCACUCAGCUGGACCUGCAGGAUGUCGAAGUGCGCGAGAAGAUAAAACACUCCAAGAGCAAGAACAAGAAAAUGCAGAAGCAGCUGGAGAAAGACAAGGAAAAGCUGGAGGAACUGCGGUGUGUUCCCGCGAACAGCGAAAAGGCCAUCUCAGAGGCGACGGCUCGUAAGGAGGAGCUGGACAAACAGAAGCUGAAGGAAGAAGAGAAGCUGAAGGAGGUGAUGGAGAGUCUGAAGGAAGAGACGAGUGGGCUGCAGCAGGACAAAGAGACCAAAGAGAAGGAGCUGAUGGAGCUCAGCAAGGCUGUGAACGAGACCCGCUCGCACAUGGACCUGGCUCAGUCCGAGCUGGACAUAUACAUGAGCCGCCACAACACGGCCGUGACGCAGCUCAACACCGCUAAGCAGACCCUGCAGAACACAGCCGACACUCUGCGUGAGCGCCGAGCCGCCAUUAAAGACCUGCAGGUCAAAAUCCCGCAGUUGGAGCAGGAGCUGCAGAAGGAUGAGGGAGAGCUGAACCAACUGGUGAAGACAGACACAGAGACAAGAGAGGUGGUGCGAGAGAUGAGACAGAAGGUGGACGAAGCCAAGAGCUCUCUGUCCUCCAACCGCAGCAGAGGCAAAGUCCUGGACGCUCUGAUGCAGCAGAAGAGGAGCGGCAGGAUCCCUGGCAUUCUGGGACGCCUGGGUGACCUCGGGGCCAUCGACGAGAAGUUUGAUGUGGCCAUCUCCUCCAGUUGUGGUGCUUUGGACAACAUCGUGGUGGACACCAUCGACACGGCUCAGAAAUGCGUCACCUUCUUGAAAGAGCAGAACAUCGGUGUAGCCACGUUCAUCGGCCUUGAUAAGAUGAAAGUGUGGGAGAGGCUCAUGGCUCCCAUCACGACCCCCGAGAACAGCCCUCGUCUCUUCGACAUGGUUCGAGUGCAGGACCAAAGCGUGCGCCCGGCCUUCUACUUCGCCCUGAGGGACACGCUGGUGGCCCAGGACAUGGAGCAGGCCACACGCAUGGCCUUCCAGAAGGACCGGCGCUGGAGAGUAGUGACCCUGAAAGGGCAGAUCAUCGAGAUGGCCGGAACCAUGACUGGAGGAGGGAGAGUCCUGAAGGGCCGCAUGGGCUCCUCUAUUGGCACCGAGGUCUCUCAGCAGGAGCUCGACCGUAUGGAGGACAAGCUUAAGGAGAAAGUGGGCAAACUGCAGGGCUGCCAGGAGAAGAAGCUCCAGCUGGAGGAGAGCGUCCAGCAGCUCCGGCCGCAGCUCCGCGACAUGACCAACACGCUGGAGAAGUUCACCAAGAGCAUCACAAGUCUGGCUGACCAGGAGACCCACUUGAAACUGCAGAUUAAGGAACUGGAAGGCAACGUGCUGGCUGCAGCUCCAGACAAAGUCAAGCAGAAACAGAUGGAGAAACGUCUGGAAGCCUUCAAGAAGGACUUCGAGGCAGCGUCCAGCAAAGCUGGGAAAGUGGAGAGCGAGGUGAAGCGGCUCCACAACCUCAUCGUGGAGAUCAACAGCCACAAGCUAAAGGCUCAGCAGGACAAGCUGGACAAGGUCAACAAGGAGCUGGACGACUGCUCCUCCACCAUCACCAAGGCUCAGGUGGCCAUCAAGACGGCCGAUCGAAACCUGAAGAAGUGUGAGGAGAGCGUGACCCGUCUGCAGGCAGAGAUCGAGGAGAACGAGAAGUCUCUGGCUGAAUUCACCGACCAGCUGAAGAAGCUAGAAGACCAGGCCGGGGAGAUCAUGAACGCGUGUCACGCAGCCGAGGCAGAACUUCCGGAGGUGCAGGAGCAGUGCGAGGCAGUGUCCAACCAGAUCAAGGCUCUGCAGCAGCAGGAGCACGCGCUGCAGGAGGAGUCGCUCAGCGUGCGGCUGCGCAUCGAGAAGAUCGAGGCCAUCAUCGCCGAGCACGACGGCAAGAUCAAGCACUGGCAGAAGGAGGUCACCAAGCUGUCGCUGCACGCCAUCGAGGGCCAAGAGGCUGAGCUAAUCCCCACCCUGACUCCAGAGGAGCUGGAGGACAUCUCCGACCCCAACGUCAUCAUCAACAAGAUGAUCACGCUGGAGACGCAGUGUGCGCAGAUGAAGCCCAACCUGGGGACCAUCGCCGAGUACAAGAAGAAGGAGGAGCUGUACCUGCAGCGAGUGGCCCAGCUGGACGAGAUCACGGCGGAGAGGGACCGCUUCAAGCGCGGCUACGAGGACCUGCGCAAGCAGCGGCUGAACGAGUUCAUGACUGGAUUCAACAUCAUCACCAACAAGCUGAAGGAGAACUACCAGAUGCUGACACUAGGGGGCGACGCGGAGCUGGAGCUGGUGGACAGUCUGGACCCCUUCUCUGAAGGCAUCAUGUUCAGCGUUCGUCCGCCCAAGAAGAGCUGGAAGAAAAUCUUCAACCUCUCCGGAGGAGAGAAGACCCUCAGCUCUCUGGCGCUGGUGUUCGCGCUGCACCACUACAAACCCACGCCGCUCUACUUCAUGGACGAGAUCGACGCCGCGCUGGAUUUCAAGAACGUCUCCAUUGUUGCCUGCUACAUUUACGAACAAACCAAGAACGCUCAGUUCAUCAUCAUCUCGCUGAGGAACAACAUGUUCGAGAUCGCAGACCGUCUCAUCGGCAUAUACAAGACUCACAACACCACCAAGAGCGUGGGAAUCAACCCUAAGACCAUCGUCUUCAGGGAGCACGCUCUGACGGCCUAAAGCCUCACCACUUGUCCAGUCGGAUUUGUAAAUAUUGUCCUGUCCAGUGGAACUUCUCUGUAACUUUUCAAUAAAAUAU